AGAGUGGUUUACAAGUUGGUGGCAUCGCGAAAGAAAGCGACCCGGCUGGCAAGUGCUCUCCAUGUCAUCUUUCCCUUCUCACGCGAUACUUUCUGUAUUUUCUUCUCUCCAAGAACUUCUAAUCGAUCCUAAAUCGAACUCAUUAUAUUUGAUUAGAUCCAGUCCUUUGCGUGAAGUGUGAUCCAUCAGCACCUCAAUUAAAUAAACAGUAUACGUGUACAUAUAUAAUAUAUACACUCAAUCAUACGUAUAUGCAAAAUACAUUCGAAUUUUUGUUUCUUAAGGUUAACACUGAUUCUUACACUGUUCAUUCUGGCGGAUAUUGUGGUUUUGUGCUCAGUUCUUUUGAAUUCGCUUGACAUUCUGUUUUCAAUUGAUCAAUCGCCGAUGAAAGAUUGGGUUUUUAAAGUUAGGGUUUGAUUCGAUCAAUCCAGUGUAUCAUUUGGAGGCGAAGUUACGACCCAAUUCGCGAUAAUCGGGAGCACUGGGUGCAAAUCAGUCUCGGCAGAGCCCGUCGGGGGCGGCCGGUUCGGGACUAUGGUUCUUUCUGCGCCCUAGUCCGCCUCCACCCUACUCCCUUCAAUACCUCCCUCAAAUGGAUUUUGUGAGUCGACACACUGCCACCUCCACCUCCGCUCCCGACCACCACCAGCCUCCGCCGGAAUCCUCAACCCAAUCAUCUUCUGCUCCACCUCCUCACGCACUCGAAGAACAGGAGUACUUGGCCCGCUACAUAGCGGUGAAACACUCGUGGCGUGGGCGGUACAAGAGAAUUCUGUGUAUAUCCAAUUUCACGAUCAUCACUCUGGACCCUGCGACACUGUCCGUGACAAAUUCGUAUGACGUGGCAAGUGAUUAUGAUGGAGCGACACCCGUUAUUGGGAGGGAUGAGAAUUCCCAGGAGUUCAAUAUCAGUGUACGGACUGAUGGACGCGGGAAGUUUAAAGCUAUUAAGUUUUCCUCAAAGUUCAGGGCGAGUAUUCUGACUGAGCUGCAUAGAAUAAGGUGGAACAGAAUUGGGGCUGUUGCGGAGUUUCCGGUACUUCAUCUUCGGAGAAAGACUUCGGAGUGGGUUCCUUUGAAGUUGAAAGUUACUUAUGCUGGAGUUGAACUUACUGAAUUAAAAUCUGGAGACCUUCGGUGGUGCUUGGAUUUUAGAGACAUGAAUUCUCCAGCCAUUAUUCUUCUCUCUGAUGCUUUUGGAAAGAAAAAUGUUGGGCAUGGAGGUUUUGUUCUUUGUCCUUUAUAUGGAAGAAAAUCUAAAGCUUUCCAGGCUGCUUCAGGGGCUUCAAACACUGCUAUAAUAUCAAAUCUGACGAAGACUGCAAAGUCCAUGGUUGGGUUGUCACUAUCUGUGGAUAGUUCUCAAUCACUCUGUGUUUCAGAGUACAUAAAGAUAAGAGCCAAAGAGGCCGUUGGAGCAGAAGAAACUCCUUGUGGGGGUUGGUCUGUGACAAGAUUGCGAUCUGCUGCCCAUGGAACUCAAAGUGUUCCAGGGUUAACUCUAGGAGUUGGGCCAAAAGGGGGACUUGGGGAACAAGGUGAUGCUGUGUCUCGUCAACUAAUUCUUACAAAGGUUUCACUAGUCGAAAGGCGACCAGAGAACUAUGAAGCUGUUAUUGCCCGUCCUUUAUCUGCAGUAAGCGCUCUCGUUCGAUUUGCUGAGGAGCCCCAGAUGUUUGCGAUUGAAUUUAAUGAUGGAUGCCCUAUUCAUGUUUAUGCUAGCACGUCUCGUGAUAGCUUGCUUGCAUUAGUUCGGGAUAUAUUGCAAACAGAAGGUCAAUGUGCAGUACCUGUACUUCCAAGGCUGACAAUGCCUGGUCAUCGAAUUGAUCCUCCUUGUGGGAGAGUCCAUUUACAAAUUCAGCAAUUUCCUGUUGGACAACGGCAUCCUGUUGCUGAUAUGGAAAGUGCAACCAUGCAUUUGAAACACUUGGCAGCGGCCGCCAAAGAUGCUGUGGCUGAAGGAGGGUCCGUUCCUGGAUCAAGGGCAAAACUAUGGCGUAGAAUAAGGGAGUUCAAUGCAUGUAUUCCUUAUGUUGGUGUCCCUCCUACCAUUGAAGUACCUGAAGUGACUUUGAUGGCCUUGAUUACAAUGCUCCCAGCUGCUCCAAAUCUUCCUCCCGAGUCCCCUCCCUUGCCGCCCCCUUCACCUAAAGCAGCUGCAACUGUGAUGGGUUUCAUUGCAUGUUUACGCAGAUUACUGGCUUCAAGAAGUGCUGCCUCACAUGUGAUGUCUUUUCCUGCCGCUGUUGGAAGAAUAAUGGGUUUACUUAGAAAUGGUUCUGAGGGAGUUGCAGCUGAAGCUGCGGGUCUUAUUGCAGUACUUAUUGGUGGUGGUCCUGGAGAUAAUAUACUGACAGAUACAAAAGGAGAGAGGCAUGCGACUUUUAUGCACACUAAGUCUGUGUUGUUUGCUAACAACAGUAACGUUAUUAUUCUUGUUAACAGAUUAAAACCUUUAUCUGUUUCACCAUUAUUAUCAAUGUCUGUUGUGGAAGUUCUCGAGGCAAUGAUCUGUGAACCACAUGGUGAAACUACUCAAUCAACUGUUUUCGUUGAAUUAUUACGCCAAGUUGCUGGCUUGCGGCGUCGUUUGUUUGCGUUGUUUGGACAUCCUGCUGAAAGUGUAAGAGAGACAGUUGCUGUCAUCAUGCGUACAAUUGCAGAAGAAGAUGCUAUUGCAGCAGAGUCCAUGCGUGAUGCUGCUUUGCGUGAUGGUGCUUUGUUGAGGCAUUUGUUGCAUGCUUUUUUCCUUCCUGCUGGUGAACGACGCGAAGUUAGCCGACAGCUUGUGGCUCUUUGGGCUGAUUCUUAUCAACCUGCUCUUCAUUUGUUAUCUAGAGUUUUGCCUCCAGGGCUUGUUGCUUAUUUGCACACUCGUUCUGAUGGAAUUCAACAAGAAGACGCACAAAAUAUAUCUAAUCAGGAUGGAUCUUUGAUGAGUAGGAGACAGAGACGCUUACUUCAGCAGAGGAGGGCUCGUACAGGAAAAGGAAUAACGUCUCAGGGGCAUUCUUUGCCUUCUGUUAAUAAUAGUGAAGUUGGUGAUCCAGGAAGGCAGACAACUGCUGCUGCUUUUAGAGGGUCCGAUAGUAGUAAAAAAUCUGUGGUAGAUGCAAGUUCGGGACAAGUUCUGGCCAUGAAUUCUACUGUGGUUUACACGGGUGAAAACUUACGGAGUGACUUGUCAUCGGCAGUUGUUCCACAAACUGAUCAAUCAGUUGUCACUUCUGCAGUUGUCGUUUCAUCUGAUGCUCCAUAUACACCGGAGUCAGUUGAAUCAAAUGCUCCAAAUUCAGUUAAUUCGGAUGCCAAUGUGGUUGCUUUCCAGAAUACAGGUCUUCCUGCUCCUGCUCAGGUUGUUGUGGAGAACAUGCCUGUGGGAUUUGGCAGGCUGUUAUGUAACUGGCCUGAAUUUUGGCGUGCUUUUGGCCUGGAUCACAACCGUGCGGACUUGAUCUGGAAUGAGCGUACCAGACAGGAGUUGAGAGAGGCUUUGCAGGGAGAGAUUCACAAACUAGAUGUUGAAAAGGAACGUACUGAGGAUAUUGUUCCUGGAGGUGCUACUUUGGAUAUUAUGACUGGGCAAGAUAGUGUGCCCCAGAUAUCAUGGAAUUAUACUGAGUUUUCAGUUAGCUAUCGUAGCCUGUCCAAGGAAGUUUGUGUGGGUCAAUAUUAUCUGCGUUUGCUUCUUGAGAGUGGCAGCAGUGGCAGGGCGCAGGAUUUUCCUCUGCGUGACCCAGUUGCUUUCUAUAGAGCCCUUUAUCAUCGGUUCCUAUGUGAUGCAGAUACAGGACUAACUGUAGAUGGCGCUGUUCCUGAUGAAAUGGGUGCAUCUGAUGAUUGGUGUGAUAUGGGAAGGUUAGAUGGUUUUGGAGGAGGGGGAGGCUCCUCAGUUAGAGAACUUUGUGCAAGGGCGAUGGCAAUUGUAUAUGAGCAACAUUUUAACACAAUUGGUCCAUUUGAAGGCACUGCUCAUAUUACAGUUCUUUUGGAUAGGACUGAUGAUAGAGCUUUGAGGCACCGGCUACUUCUUCUACUAAAGGUUUUAAUGAAGGUGCUAUCAAAUGUAGAGGCUUGUGUCUUGGUUGGUGGGUGUGUCCUAGCAGUUGAUCUGCUAACAGCAGUUCAUGAAGCUUCAGAAAGAACUGCUAUUCCUUUGCAAUCUAAUAUGAUAGCUGCCUCUGCUUUCAUGGAACCCCUUAAGGAAUGGAUGUUUCUUGACAAGGAUGGUGCAGAAGUUGGACCUGUGGAAAAGGAUGCCAUCAGAAGGUUUUGGUCGAAGAAAGCUAUUGAUUGGACAACAAGGUGCUGGGCUUCUGGGAUGUCGGAUUGGAAGAGAUUACGAGAUAUCCGUGAACUUCGUUGGGCUCUGGCUGUUCGAGUUCCUGUUCUUACUCCAAUCCAGGUAGGGGAGGCUGCAUUGUCCAUAUUGCACAACAUGGUAUCUGCACAUUCAGAUUUAGAUGAUGCUGGAGAGUUAGUUACCCCAACGCCUAGAGUAAAACGGAUAUCGUCAAGUCCGCGCUGCCUUCCAUACAUUGCGCAGGCCAUGCUGACGGGGGAGCCAACUAUUGUAGAGGGUGUUGCAGCUUUGCUAAAGGCGGUGGUCACCAGAAAUCCCAAGGCAAUGAUAAGACUAUACAGCACUGGUGCAUUUUAUUUUGCCUUGGCAUACCCUGGAUCCAAUCUCUUUUCAAUUGCCCAACUCUUCUCUGUGACUCAUGUCCAUCAAGCCUUUCAUGGUGGUGAAGAAGCUGCAGUUUCCUCUUCAUUGCCCUUGGCAAAACGCAGUGUGUUGGGUGGGCUUCUCCCUGAGUCUUUGCUAUAUGUAUUGGAGCGUAGUGGUCCGGCUGCAUUUGCAGCAGCAAUGGUAUCUGAUUCUGACACUCCGGAGAUUAUAUGGACACACAAAAUGCGAGCAGAGAAUCUUAUUCGUCAGGUUUUACAGCAUCUGGGUGAUUUUCCCCAGAAAUUAUGCCAGCAUUGCCAUUCUUUAUAUGAUUAUGCCCCUAUGCCGCCUGUAACAUAUCCCGAGUUAAGAGAUGAAAUGUGGUGUCACCGUUAUUACCUUCGGAACUUAUGUGAUGAGAUUCGGUUUCCAAAUUGGCCUAUAGUUGAACAUGUUGAGUUCCUGCAGUCAUUGCUGGUAAUGUGGCGUGAAGAGUUGACACGGAGACCCAUGGAUCUUUCAGAAGAAGAAGCUUGCAAAAUACUAGAAAUAUCCUUGGAAGAUGUCUCUAGAGAUGAUGCUGAUAAAAAGCAUUCUUUAGAAAUGGCUGAGGAGAUUCCUAAUAUCUCCAAACAGAUUGAGAACAUUGAUGAAGAAAAGCUUAAGAGACAAUAUAGAAAGCUCGCCAUGAAAUAUCAUCCAGACAAAAAUCCUGAAGGGAGGGAUAAAUUUCUUGCUGUGCAGAAAGCUUAUGAGCGGCUGCAGGCUACCAUGCAAGGGUUGCAAGGUCCCCAACCUUGGAGGUCGCUGCUUUUAUUGAAGGGGCAGUGUAUCCUAUAUAGACGGUAUGGGGAUGUAUUGGUGCCAUUUAAAUAUGCUGGGAAUCCCAUGUUGUUAAACGCAGUUAUGGUAGACAAGGAUGACAGCAAUUUUCUUUCCUCUGAUAGAGCUCCUCUGCUUGUUGCUGCUUCAGAGCUCAUUUGGCUGACGUGUGCAUCUUCUUCACUUAAUGGUGAGGAGCUUGUGAGGGAUGGUGGUGUACAGCUUCUUGCAAAUCUUCUUUCGCGUUGUAUGUAUGUAGUUCAGCCAACUACUCCUGCAACUGAACCAGCUGCCAUCAUUGUUACAAAUGUGAUGCAAACAUUUUCUGUUUUGAGUCGGUUUGGAAGUGCCAGAGUUGAGAUGCUUGAUUUUUCCGGACUAGUUAAGGACAUUGUGCACAGCACUGAACUUGAGCUUGUACCUGCAGCUGUUGAUGCUGCUCUGCAGACCAUCGCACAUGCUUCUGUGACCUCUGAAUUACAAGAGGCUUUAUUGAAGGCUGGUGUGCUAUGGUACCUCUUGCCUUUGUUGCUUCAAUAUGACUCAACUGCAGAGGAAUCUGAUAUGACGGAGGCACAUGGUGUUGGUGCUAGUGUUCAGAUUGCAAAGAAUCUGCAUGCAACACUGGCAUCUCAGGCCUUGACAAGGCUUAGUGGUUUGUGUAUGGAUGAAAGUUCGACACCCUUUAAUCAGGCUGCAGCAGAUACUCUGAGAGCCUUGCUAACCCCUAAACUUGCCAGUAUGCUGAAAGACCAGUUACCCAAAGACCUAUUGUCCAGAUUAAACACAAACUUGGAGACACCAGAGAUUAUUUGGAAUUCUUCAACCCGAGCGGAGCUAUUGAAAUUUGUGGACCAGCAGCGUGCAAAUCAAGGUCCUGAUGGUUCCUAUGACCUGAAAGAUUCACCUGCCUUCACAUAUGAAGCACUGUCGAAAGAACUCUUUGUUGGCAAUGUGUACUUGAGGGUCUACAAUGAUCAACCAGAUUUUGAGAUCAGUGAACCGGAAGCUUUCUGUUUUGCUCUUGUUGAUUUUAUAUCAUUUCUAGUGCACAGUCCAUGGGCUACAGAUUCUGAUGGUCAGAUCAGUGGAUCAUCUCAUGAAACAACUGACCUUCAAAAUAACACAGCCAAUGGGUCAAACAGUGAACAGCAUGUUUCUGAUAAUACUUCAGGUGCCUCUGAUGGAAAAAUGAUGGGCAAGGCGGACUUUGAACUGGUUAAGAAACUUCAGUUUGGAUUGACUUCUCUUCAGAACUUAUUGACGAGUGACCCAAAAUUGGCAUCUGUAUUUUCUACGAAGGAAAAACUAUUACCUCUUUUUGAAUGUUUUUCUGUUUCUGUUGCUUCAGAAAGCAACAUCCCUCAACUUUGUUUGAGUGUACUGUCACUACUGACUACAUAUGCUCCGUGCUUGGAGGCCAUGGUUGCUGAUGGCUCUAGUCUUCUCCUUUUACUGCAAAUGCUUCACUCUGCCCCUAGUUGUCGUGAAGGGGCUCUACAUGUUCUUUUUGCCCUGGCAAGUACACCAGAACUCGCAUGGGCUGCUGCCAAGCAUGGUGGAGUGGUGUACAUUCUUGAACUUCUACUGCCUUUGCAACAAGAAAUUCCCCUACAGCAAAGAGCAGCAGCUGCCUCUUUGUUGGGGAAGCUUGUUGGGCAGCCAAUGCAUGGGCCCAGAGUGGCCAUUACACUAGCAAGGUUUCUACCAGAUGGCUUGGUAUCAGUUAUUAGGGAUGGGCCUGGUGAAGCUGUUGUGCGUGCACUUGAACAAACAACAGAGACUCCAGAACUUGUCUGGACGCCAGCAAUGGCAACUUCAUUGUCUGCACAAAUUGCAACCAUGGCAGCAGACCUAUAUCGUGAACAAAUAAAAGGUCGUGUUGUGGAUUGGGAUGUACCUGAGCGAGCAUCUGGUGCACAGGAAAUGAAAGAUGAGCCACAGGUUGGUGGAAUAUAUGUCAGGCUAUUCUUGAAAGAUCCCAAAUUUCCCCUUAGAAAUCCGAAGAGAUUUUUGGAAGGAUUAUUAGAGCAGUAUCUUUCGUCCAUUGCUGCAACACAUUAUGACAUGCAAACUGUUGACCCUGAGCUCCCACUGCUUUUGUCUGCUGCACUGGUUUCCUUAUUGCGGGUACACCCUGCACUUGCAGAUCAUGUUGGAUAUCUUGGAUACGUGCCCAAACUUGUGUCUGCAGUGGCCUAUGAAGGAAGAAGAGAAACAAUGGCCUCAGGGGAGAUGAACAAUGGCAGCCAUGCUGAUGGAACAUUUGAAACUGAGGACAGUUCAACACAGCCAAGUUCACAAACUCCACAAGAACGUGUUCGCCUUAGUUGUUUACGUGUCCUACAUCAACUUGCUGCCAGUACAACGUGUGCAGAAGCCAUGGCAGCAACUAGUGUAGGAACACCUCAGGUUGUUCCACUUCUAAUGAAAGCUAUUGGAUGGCAAGGUGGAAGUAUACUAGCUCUUGAGACAUUAAAACGGGUUGUGGUUGCUGGAAAUAGAGCUAGGGAUGCACUUGUUGCACAAGGACUUAAGGUUGGUCUCGUUGAAGUACUUCUUGGACUUCUUGAUUGGAGGGCUGGAGGAAGGAAUGGACUUUGCUCUCAGAUGAAGUGGAAUGAAUCUGAAGCAUCUAUUGGCCGGGUGCUCGCUAUUGAGGUUUUGCAUGCGUUUGCAGCAGAAGGGGCUCAUUGUUCUAAAGUUCGUGAGAUACUAAGUGACUCUGAUGUUUGGAGCGCGUACAAAGACCAGAAGCAUGAUCUUUUCCUUCCUUCAAAUGCUCAAUCUGCAGCUGCUGGAGUUGCUGGUCUAAUUGAGAGUUCCUCUUCUAGGCUUACCUAUGCCCUUACAGCUCCACCACCACAACCUAGUCAUAUGAAACCUCCUGCUUCAGUCGCAUCAGACUCAAAUGGAAAGCAGGAUCUGCUUUCAUAACAGGAACAAGUUAGGAAAAAUCACAUUGCCGUGGUUUGAUGAAGCAGUUGACAACACACUUUGACGUAGUCUUUGAAAAUUGUGAUCAGCUUUCAUGUGGAUAGAGUGAAGAGAGACAUCACCACCAUAAUCAGAUGGAGUUGUCACUGAAGUCUCAUGUUUUACAUCUCUGUACAGCACAUUGUAUACAUUCAUUUGUCCUCUCCCCUCCUCUUCUAUGGUGUAUGCAUGAGGUGGGUGGAGAGAUUUUUUAAAAGAGAUUUCAAAGUACAUGCCUUUGGAUGUAAAGAGGACCUCUGACGUGUUGUAUAUCAUGUUAAUGCCCAAUUUUCUAUAAAUAGUUGAGGUGAUUUUUGUUGAAUGCAUAUUGGUUUUAUUCCUCGAUGUGAGGUGUUUUUAUAUAUAUAAAGGCCUUUUUUAGUGUGA